GGGGUAGGGAAGCUUCCAGAGGCUGGUGGGGAGGAAGUUAUAAAGAGGGUAGGAGGGGGCCAGCGGGAGGGCCAUGCAGUCCAAGCGGGAUUGUGAGCUGUGGUGUGAGAGGGUGAAUCCAGAGAACAAGGCGGCGCUGGAGGCGUGGGUCAGGGAGACAGGCAUCCGCCUGGUGCAGGUGAACGGGCAGAGGAAGUAUGGCGGGCCACCCCCAGGUACGGUAGUCCCAGCCCCUCUGCCUGUCCGGCUACACCAACCCCCUUUGGGGGAGGGGCUGCCCCAGCCUUCACUGUCAGGAACUGCAAACUACCCGGAUUUAUAUCCCCCAGCAAAGGAGGAACUGUGGCUCCACGUCCACCCGCCCCGUCGAGGGAGGGGGCCAAUCUCAAGGUGUACCUACUCUGUGCCAGCCCCUUCGUUAGCGCAGUCACCUAAUUAUGCCAACCACCCAGGGUACGGGUGUAAGCCCAUUUCACAAACCUUGGUUCCCAUCGCUUCCCACCCCCGCGCGCUGGGUCCGUGGGCUCAGAAUUCGAAAGCGUCGCCUGACGGUGGCCUUGCAUACCCCCUUCCCACAGGCUGGGUGGGCAGCCCGCCGCCAGCUGGGUCAGAGGUAUUCAUCGGGCGGCUGCCUCAGGACGUGUACGAGCACCAGCUUAUCCCGCUGUUCCAGCGCGUGGGCCGCCUCUACGAGUUCCGCCUGAUGAUGACCUUCAGCGGCCUGAACCGCGGCUUCGCCUAUGCCCGCUAUAGCUCGCGGCGCGGCGCGCAGGCCGCCAUCGCCACGCUGCACAACCAUCCGCUGCGGCCGUCCUGCCCGCUGCUCGUGUGCCGCAGCACCGAGAAGUGUGAGCUGAGCGUUGACGGCCUGCCGCUGAAUCUGACCCGCAGCGCGCUGCUGCUCGCGCUGCAGCCGCUGAGUCCCGGCCUGCAGGAGGCGCGGCUGCUGCCCAGCCCCGGACCGGCGCCUGGGCAGAUCGCUCUGCUCAAAUUCAGCUCUCACCGGGCCGCUGCCAUGGCCAAAAAGGCCCUGGUGGAAGGGCAGUCACACCUCUGUGGAGAGCAGGUGGCUGUGGAGUGGCUCAAGCCAGACCUGAAGCAGCGACUCCGCCAGCAGCUUGUGGGUCCCUCCUUGCGGCCCCCACAACCAGAGGGCAGCCAGUUGGCCUUGGCAAGGGACAAGUUAGGGUCCCAAGGGGCUCGGGCUACCCUGCAGUUGCUGUGCCAACGAAUGAAGCUGGGCAGCCCUGUGUUCCUCACUAAGUGUUUGGGCAUAGGACCUGCUGGCUGGCACCGCUUCUGGUAUCAGGUGGUGAUUCCUGGGCAUCCGGUGCCUUUUAGUGGCCUCAUCUGGGUUGUGCUGACCCUAGAUGGCCAGGAUGGGCAUGAGGUGGCCAAGGAUGCUGUGUCUGUUCGGCUGCUGCAGGCACUCAGUGAGUCUGGGGCCAGUCUCCUGUGGUCUGCUGGGGCUGAGGCAGGUACCAUGGUUAAACAGUGACUCCAUUCUCUCUCCACAGGCAGCCUGAAUGGGCAGGCAGAGCCUGUGUCAGGCCCCAGCCCAGCAGGCCUGGGUGGCCACUAUCUGACUCCCAAAGGUGGGGAGGGGCAUGGGCCCAGGCCAUCAGCCUCCCUGCUGGGACAGGGACCUACGGCACCUGGGGCAGCUUAAGUUUGGCUUAAGUUGUGGUGAGGGGCCUUGCUCUCCCCCUCCCAGCCCAGGGUCCAAGCUGACCCUGUGGUCUUCCAUGGCCAUUCCUUGUCCCACACCCACCCGAUCAUACCUUCCCCCCUCUGCCACAGCUUAGCAUGAAUCUUCUUCAUUGUCCUGAUUUGUCUUCUUUGUUGGUUUUUAUUUGCGGGGAGGGGCAGCUGAGUCAAAGGGGUCAGAAAUUCGCCCUUUGGCUCCACCACAUGGCAUUCUGGUUUUGGUUUCUGUGUAGUUUUGGGUCUUUCUAUGCUGGUUGUAUUUAUAUUAAACCCCUGGUUAGUA